AUGAUUAAACAACAGCAACCACAGCAACUUAAGGCACAGACCAUUACUUACGCCACAUAUGCAUAUAAUUCAAAGACGGCAGAACAAACGCAAAUGUUGAAAUAUGGAGAUUUGGAGAUAGUAUUGAAAAAUGACCAUUUUGAAUUCGUUUGCAAGGGUGGUGCAGUGAUAUCAAAUAUAAAAGAAAUUUUAUUUAUGAAUUCAAAAAUUAAAGGAAUAACGGAUGAUAUAACAUCAAUUCCACCAGAAGAACAAAGAUAUUACGCAUUAAAUGCAUUUCCUAAAGUUUUGAAGAUUGGAAGAUUUAAUUUAAAUGAGGAAUUCAUAAAAGGUUUCCUAAAUGACAUAAUGAAGAAAGCAGAUAAGGAAUAUGUGGAUAGUGAGUUAAUGAAGAAGGCAAAUUUGGUUUAUGUUGAUGAAAAAGAUAAUGAAAUUAAAGAAAAGGUUGAAAGGUAUCAUGAAUGGACAUUUGAGACUUUUAAAGUUAAAGCUGAUGCAGAAUGGGUUUCUGGAUGUUUAGACCUUAAAGCAGAUAAAACUUAUGUUAACGAUGAGUUAGAGAAGAAAGCAGAUAAGGAAAAAGUUGAUGAAAAAGAUAAUGAAAUUAAAGAAAGGGUUGAAAGGUAUCAUGAAUGGACAUUUGAGACUUUUAAAGUUAAAGCUGAUACAGAAUGGGUUUCUGGAUGUUUAGACCUUAAAGCUGAUACAGGAUGGGUUUCAGGAUGUUUAGACCUUAAAGCUGAUAAGGAAUAUGUCAACAGUGAGUUAGAGAAGAAGGCAGAUAAGCAUUGUGUGGAUGAAAUAUACCAAAGUUUCGUUGGAACAAAAAAUAUUGAAACUAUUGUUGGUGACUUUUCUAUCUAUGAAGAAAAUAAAUAUUUUAGAUGGCAAUUGGUACACUCCUUAAAAAAUGGUAUACGGUGUAAACUCAUUCCGAAAAAUAACAAUGAAAUGUAUGUAAGUUAUAAAAAGAAUGAUGACACACAAGUUAAAGUUCCAUUAGACAACAACUGCUACUUAAACUUAUAUGGAGACGAACAAAAGAAAUAUUUAAGAGUUUAUGAAAUGACGGAUAUGACAUUGUCUAACGUAGCUCCAGCACCAUAUUAUUAUGACUAUGGUGUUGACGCACGUGUAG